CAGAAAUCUAAAUACCCUUUAUCCAGGUCCAAACCAGCUACGUCAAUUACAAAGUCUGAGAAGCUGCCAAAUGUUCAGUAUAAAGCCUGAAUUAUAUAGAGACAAACAAAUGGAGCCAAAAUCAGUGCGUGACUUGUUCAGCUAUAAAAACUGAACCAUUCCAAAGGUUCACUCACUACACUACCUUUCUUCCAUAUAUAAAAGGCUAAACAAGCACACAAAAAAUAACAACAAACCAAGCUUCAGUACCUUCAAAGAAUCACUCGUAACUAAGUAAAAUGGCAAGGAAGAGAAAGGUUACUGAAGCAGUUGAAGAGAGGAAUCCAUGUGAGGCAACAAUGGCAUGGGAAGAGGUGAUGAAGGAAGCUGCUGAACUAGGAAGUGCCAGGAGAUUGAGGAAGAAGUUUGUUGGGGUGAGACAAAGGCCAUCAGGAAGAUGGGUGGCUGAGAUAAAAGAUACCAUUCAGAAGAUAAGAGUGUGGUUAGGAACCUUUGAUACAGCAGAAGAAGCUGCAAGAGCCUAUGAUGAAGCUGCUUGCCUUCUUCGCGGCGCCAACACUAGAACAAACUUCUGGCCUAGUUCUCAAUCUUCCUCAACUCCUGCUCUUCCCUCAAAGAUUACCAAUCUCCUCCUUCAAAGGCUUAAAGCAAGAAACAACAAUAACAAUAACAACCCUUGUUCUCUUUCUUCUUCCUCCUCCUCCAGUUCUCUUUUCAUCAAUCACCAACAAAAGCAGCUAGAAGAUGUAUGUGGAACUGAGUCAACAUUUUUCUCAAUGGACCAGUUCUCGGAUUUCCUUAAUGACCCUGAAGAUUACAGCACAAGCAACGAUGAGUUUAGCAAUGAUAGUGCACAAAUUGAUUACAUCACAAGUAGUCUUGAAUCAUGUUUAAAUGGAAAUGAUGAUUGCAGGGAAAAAGAAAAAGAAAUGGAAAUGGAAUUUGACUUCAGCAGUGUGACACCAACAUCAAGUGCUGAUGUAAAUUCAGGAGGGGAGAGAGAGGAAGAGAGUGAAGAAGCCACUGAUUUGAGUGCUCAGGAUUUUCAGUUUCUUGACAAUGAUGUUCCACCCGGUUACUUUUAUUCACCUUUUGAGAUUGCUGAAGAUAUUGAGGAGCAAUUGGAGCCAGAGAACUAUGGUGAUGAGCCUUCAAUGCUGAGAGAAGUAAUGAAGAGAAUGAAAUAUGAGAGGAAGUUUUCAGCUUCUCUUUAUGCCUUCAAUGGAAUACCUGAGUGCUUGAAGUUGAAACUUGAGUCAGGAAACACAAAUGGAAGAGGGGUUUCUAUUUCUAAUCAACUAACCAACCUCAAGAUGGCUUGUAGCAAAAACAAAAAUGAGGCUAAUAAGAAGAAUGAAGAAUACAUUGAAGCAAUGGAUAGGAAAGAGGAAGAAAACCCACAAACAUCAAUUGGCAUGGAAUGCUCUUCCCUCUCUUUCUCAUCCAGGAUUGAUGAUGAUGAUGGAGAACUGUUGCUAUGGAAUUCACUUGAUCUUCCUACUCUUUGCUUUGUUAACUAGCUACCAUACAAUUAUUUUCAUUCAUUUAUGUAACUUUAAUGUAUGCCAAGUAACACGUAAGGUAACAUCAAAUUUAUGAAGUGAUGAAAAAUAUUUUCUAGUAAAUACAGUGUAAUUAUUUAUAAAAUUAUAUAUUUCAUUGUCUCAUAUUUUGUUC